AUGUCUUCUUCCUACAAGAGCGCCACUCGCUCACAUAUGCGGGACUAUCAACUCGAUCGCCAAAUCGAGAUCAUGGAUGAAGGAGAACCCAGUGAUGUCAGUGAUCUCGACAUUGUCAAACACACCGCCAGACAAGUCAAUCUGCUCGACACUUUUCAGAACUCAGAUGGCACAGACAGCGAUCUCCUCAAUUCCGACGACUCUUCUGGAACAGCUACGAGAAAACGUCCGAGAGACGACGAAGGUGAUCGCGUUGCUUUCGAUGACGACGAAGAUGCUGGAGAGGCCUACAAGAAGUUCAAGUCUCGCAAGUCCGACCAACGCAAAGCCGUCGCCGCUCGCACCAAAAAGGCAAAGGUAAAGGCCAAUUCCAUGGUUGGCAAGAGGAAGAAGGCUCUGCUCGACGACAAGAAACCUAACCAACGCAAGUUCAAGAACGACACCUACGGCACCGACUCUGAAGAUGAGCCACCUGAGAGCACCUUGCCCGAAUUCUUGCAAGCGAGAAAGUCCAAGUGGAACCAAGACCGUGCCAAGUCAGGAGAUGACAUUCUGGCAAGACCUCCUGACUACGACGGCGUUUAUUUCAGCGAUGAUGAGAGACUAGAAGAGCUGCAGGAACGCCCUGUGCUUCGCGAUGCCGAAAUGUCCCGCGACUAUAAGGAUAUCGAACUGCAGAAGUCGGAAGGUAUCAUCCCCGCGCCAAUCGCCCAAUGGCUGCGAGACUACCAGGUCGACGGCGUGAGGUUCCUUCACGAGCUCUUCGUCUUCCAAGAGGGUGGCAUCCUUGGUGACGAUAUGGGCCUGGGCAAGACGAUUCAGGUCAUCGCCUUCUUGACAGCUGCUUUCGGCAAGACUGGAGAUGAGAGAGAUUACAAGCGUAUGCGCAAGAUGCGACGUGAUGGCCGCUGGUACCCACGAAUCCUUCUUAUCUGUCCCGGAUCUCUCAUGGACAACUGGAAGUCAGAGCUUGAUCGCUGGGGCUUUUGGCAUUAUGACACCUAUCAUGGAAGCAACGCAAGCCGCUCGUCUGUUCUCUCUGCAGCAAAACAAGGCAGGCUUGAGGUCAUGAUCACAACUUACACCACCUAUCGCAAUCAUCGAGGCGAGAUCAACAUGGUCGAGUGGGACUGUGUCGUCGCAGAUGAAUGUCACACCAUCAAGGAGCGAAGUUCCGAGAUCAGCAAGGCCAUGAACGAGGUCAACGCCUUGUGCAGAAUUGGCCUCACCGGCACUGCUGUCCAAAACAAGUACGAUGAAUUCUGGACUCUGCUCAACUGGACCAACCCUGGCAAGUUCGGAACCAUGGCUGAAUGGAGACUGAGUGUCAGCGGUCCGCUCAAGAUCGGGCAAUCACAUGAUACUACCUUUGCGCAACUAGCCAUCUGCAGGAAGGUUGCAAAGAAACUAGUAGAGAACCUAUUGCCACCAUACUUCAAACGCCGAAUGAAGUCGCUGAUCGCCCAUCAACUUCCGAAGAAGACUGAUCGUGUGGUCUUCUGUCCGCUCUCUGACGCUCAAUCAGAGGCCUACAUGAAUCUUGUUGACAGCGACAAGAUUGACUACAUUCGACGUUUCUCUGAUCCUUGUGACUGCUUUUCCGGCAAGAAGCGAGGCUGGUGUUGCUACACGGAGAUCCCUGACCGUGGCAAAUGGCAGCAUCACGUCUUUCCUAUGCUUAUGACACUGCAGAAGCUCGCAAACCAUCUCGCUCUUCUCUGCCCUCAAAGCAAGGACUCCGAGGAGAUGCAGCACAAGGAGCUCGAAAACUUGCAGCUGGCUCUUCCUGAAAAUUGGCUCGAGAUGUACCACAACCGUGAUCAGAUCACCAACUAUGCCAAUGCAGAGUAUUGCGGCAAGUGGAAAGUGCUGCGAAAGCUGCUCAAGUUUUGGCACUCGAACGGCGACAAGGUUCUCGUCUUUAGUCACUCGGUCCGUCUCCUGAAGAUGCUACAGAUGCUCUUCAAAUCGACAACAAGCUACAAUGUCUCCUACCUUGACGGAAGCAUGAAGUAUGAAGAGCGUACUCGGGAAGUCGACGACUUCAAUGCCAAUGAGACCCAGUUCGUCUUCCUCAUCAGCACGAAAGCUGGUGGUGUGGGUUUGAACAUUACCUCUGCAAACAAAGUCGUCAUCUUCGAUCCAAACUGGAAUCCAAGCCAUGAUCUUCAGGCUCAGGAUCGUGCCUACCGCAUCGGUCAGAUCCGUGAUGUCGAAGUCUUUCGUCUUAUUUCUGCUGGCACUGUUGAGGAGAUUGUCUACGCUCGUCAGAUCUACAAGCAGCAGCAAGCCAACAUCGCUUACAAUGCGUCUACCGAGCGUCGCUACUUCCGUGGCGUUCAAGAUACAGCCGACAAGAAAGGUGAAAUCUUUGGUCUUUUGAACCUCUUUAGCUACGAAGGCGAGAACCUGGUUCUUCGCGACAUUGUCAACAAGACAAACAUCGCCGAAUCCAAAGCCGGGGUCAGUGUCGUCGGCCUAGACACAUCUCAGGACUCGGAUGAUGAUGACAACGACGAUACCAUGGAUCGCGAAGAUGCUGCAAUCUCCCAACUCGCCGCCGAGAUCACUGGCGAAGGCGGCAAGAAGAACAAGAAACACGAUGACGAACAAGACACUGAAAUCAAAAGACAAGCUCGCGCUGUGCAAGCAAUCCUCAACAUGGCCGGUGUCGAGUACACACACGACAACAACGACGUGAUCGGCUCUUCCAAGAUGGAGGCCCAGCUGUCUAAACGCGCCAUGGCUGCUGGCACAGACUUUGACCUCUCCAACGAGUACGCAUUCGAGAAGUCUCGAGGCAAUGCGAACUCCAGCUUUGAGGAUGAGAAGAAGAUUGCAUACAAGUACAAGCCACCAGAGUAUGUGAGAAAGAGGUUGUUCUGCUCAAUGGCAGAGUACUACGGCUUUGCGGAUGCAACGGAGUUUGCGCUCGUGCUCGAGGGAUGGAGCGAGCAGAAGAAGACGGACUGCCUAAAUAGAUUCUACAGGCACAGAAGAAAGGUUCUCGAGGGCGAGAGUUCUGGAGGAGAAGAAGAAGAAGAAGAAGCAGGUGAAAAGUCUGCUUACUUCAAGUGA